GUCGUUGCCUAGUAACCAACACGGCUUCUCCUGCCUUAUCCCGAGAAAGAUACCACCCGUUAUCGGGUACCGGAAAUUUUCCUCCAUCUGAUAUUACUGGCGAUGAAGAGAUCAUCGACAUAGAGCAGCGGAGGGCAGCAGUGGCGUCUACAUCAGCAGGAGGGGGUAACACACACCAGUGGAAGACCACUCACCACAAGAGAGAGAGAUGGAUGAAGAAGACGAAAACCUCUCCACUUUCCUAGCUUACACAAAGAGCCCCAAGACAACAAAAAGAACAUCCUUUCAGGAUGAGCUGAAGAAGGCAGUUAGCGCUCGAGUAUCACGACAACAAGCAGUGGAAGAAGACAACUACUCAGAUUACUCUGAAGAGUUUGAAAGUGACGACAGUUUAGAUGAGUCCUUUGGAAAGACAAAAGUAAUUGAGUCCAAACUACAAAAAGAUUUCCACUUCUCUGACAGUGAAGAGGAGCAACAUGGAAAAAUAUCUUUCCUUAAAAAAAGCACACAAGAAGAAAAAAGCUUCAGCAAGUAUUCUGAAAAAAGCAAGAAUACUGAAAAUAUCAGCCAAGGAGACUAUGAAGAUUGGCUGUCAGAAUCCAGACUCAAUGACAAAGAGAGAAAACCCAUUCCAAAGCCCAGAGAAUCCAGGAUCAACAGCUCCCCAUCAGCUCAAGGUCUUGGCAUCUCCUUAUCCGAAGAAAGCUUUAAGCCGACUCCACAGCACAGGAACUUGUCUGGAAAAACCAGUCACCUGGAAGACAAAGCAAAGGGAAAACACUCCGGUGACAAAGCGACUUCGCUCUCUGCUCCUUCUUCUCUAAUGAGACUUAAUGAUAAAGUUUCUGCUCCUAAGACGCAGUCAUUCUCGGAGAGAUGUAGCCCAGAGGGACAUCCGCUGACAAGCCCACCAUCACCCAUUGCAAGAUUUAAGCCUCUAUCAAUAGCAGCUGACAAGAAUAACAAGACAAUGUCCAUAGAGAAAGGAGCAGAGGUACUGAAAGAUCUACAAAGCAAAGAAGUAGGUGGAAACAUAGAAUCAAGUGGCAAUGGAAGAAAAUCUCCAUCUCUUUUUGAAAUGAUGAUGUCAGAUGUAAAAGAAAAGUCUCUGGAACAGGACAGCAAAGAUUUGUUUAUAGUGAAGAGUCAUGAAAAGCAGUCCUUUUGUGAAGAAAGAGAUGGCAAUGAAAAGACCCAGCAGAAGGAGAGACAGCUUGAUCAUCAAAAGGACUUAAAAGCAACAUUAGACUUGGGUAGAUCUCAGUCAAACAGAUCUUUCUCUGCCCCACAAACCAAGAAGUCUCGGAAACUGAGCACUCAGGUUUCUGCUAAGUCACGUUAUUUGGGAACACUAUCAGUACUGGAUACAUCUGGUGAUAAAGAUGGUGGUGAUGUGGAAGCUGCGGAUAAGCUGCGUGCUACUGUUUAUCAGAACUGGCUGGAAAAGAAAAAAAUAUUUCUUCACGAACUGCAGAAAAUAAAAAAGAGUGAAGAACAACUUGAGAAAGAAAAGGGGAGACAGGAAAGCACUAUGAAAAAAGAAGAAGCAAUGGCUGCUUUUAUGGCCUGGAAAGCAGAGAAAAAGAAACAAAUAAAACAGAGCCAAACAAAGCUAAAAAUGGAAGAAAAGAAAAAAAUGGAAGAACUUCAAGAACUUGCACAUAAAAAAGAGGACUGUAGGAAGGCUUUUGACAAAUGGAAAGAGGCUAAGGAAGACCGUUUAAAAGAAAAGAUCUGGAAAGAAAAGCAUGCUGAAAGGGAGAAGAAAACAAAAGAGCAAAAUGCUAUCACGGAGAAGAGAAAAGAAAACUUGUCCGCUUUUGAAAGAUGGAAUGACCGAAAGGAACUUGUUUUAAAAGAAAAGAAAAAACAAGAAGUGCUUGAGAAAAAAAAAAUGAAGUCAUUGCAGGCUGAAAAAGAGGAACAGGACAAAAAAGCUAUGGAAAAAUAUGAACAAUGGCUGGAGAGAAAAGAAAGACACGACAACAUGCAAAGAAGGCAGAAGAAGUUCCAGGUUAUUUUAGAUGAUGAACCUCCUCCUCCAUGGAGUCCUCCAGGAAAAACGAUCCCGACAGGGAGAUGAUUGUGAUCUUUUUUUUCUCUUCGUUCUACAAGCUGAUAUAAAUAUUUACCGUCUCCCAACA